AUGUCUGAAGAGCUGCCCCCAACCCCGUUGUUGUCCACCGAGAGGGGCCACCACAGCGGUAUACCGAAGCGAAUGGAAUCGGAGGCGAAGCUUGCAAAAGCGCGAUUGUUUUCCAACAAGACUCUUCCGGACAGUGUCGCUCGACAGAGGGAGAUCCCCAGGUUACCGCCCAACAUCUCCCGCGAGAGCUUCAACCGGGCCAUGGCAGAGCUGCGGGAGAUUCUCGGUGACGCAAACGUCGAGUUGAACGACAAGCCGUUGGUGGAUGGGUGGUACAUGGAGCACCCAAACACUCAUGAUGCCUUUCACAUCACCGAUCAAGAAGAGAUGGUCUGCAGCGCCGUGGUUUUUCCAUCAUCCACGGCCGAGGUGCAGUCAGUGGUUCUCUGGGCCAACAAGUACCUGAUACCCAUCUACCCCAUUUCCAUGGGCCGGAAUCUGGGCUACGGAGGCGCCGCCCCGCGCGUUCCUGGCUCCGUCGUGCUCGAUCUCGGAAAGCGAAUGAACAAGGUCUUGAAGAUUAACGCGAGGAGCGCUACAUGUCAGGUCGAGCCCGGCGUCUCUUACUACGCACUCUACGAAGAGAUCCAGAAACUAGGACUACCCCUGUGGAUCGAUUGCCCUGACCUCGGCGGUGGCAGUGUGUUGGGCAAUGCCAUCGACCGUGGUGUCGGCUACACUCCUUACGGAGACCAUUUUUCGAAACAUUGCGGCAUGGAGAUCGUCCUUCCAACCGGCGAACUCCUACGUACCGGCAUGGGCGCGAUGGAGGGGAAAAAUGGCACGGAUAAUCCGACAUGGGAAUCAUUUCAACCCCCCUACGGACCCUAUAGUGACGGCAUGUUCAGUCAAAGCAACUACGGUAUUGUGACCAAGAUGGGAUUCUGGCUUAUGCCGGAGACAGGCUCAAAAACCUACAUGGUGGUUUUCCCCAACGACAACGAUUUCGAGCAGAUUGUCGAGGUGAUCCGGCCGCUCGCGCAACAAGGAGUUUUUGCGAACAUCCCUCAACUGCGCAAUGUGAUCCAAGAGCUGGCGGUCUUCGGCAAGCCGAGGAGCGAUUGGUGGAACGGAAAAGGCCAGAUGCCGAGAGAAGAGAUUCGCAAGCACGCAACUGCAUUGCCGUGUGGAGAUAUUGCAUGGGUGUUUUACGGCUGUCAGUAUGGCGACGCCGCCUCCAUCCAAUCCCAGAUGAAUUGUAUUCAAAAAGCGUUCUCGACCAUCGAAGGCAGCCGUUUCAUCUACCCAGAAGAACUGCCUGAUGACCAUUACAUCCACGCCCGCACCAAGGUGUUCAGCGGAAAUCCCGUGCUGAAGGAAAUCGACUGGUGCAAUUGGAAGCCGAACGGAGCGCACUUGGAUUUCUCGCCGAUUACGCCGACGCAGGGCGAGGACGCACGCAUCGUGCACGACAUCAUACAUCGUCUCUUCAAGAAAUACGGCUUCGACCUCUUUCCCACAUUGACGAUCGCGGGGCGGGAGAUGCAUUACAUUGCCAACAUCAUCUACGACAUGUCCGACCCAGAUGAGAAGCGCCGCGCCGUCGAGCUCAUGUGUGAGUUGAUCCGGGAGACGGCGGCAGAAGGGUACGGGGAGUACAGAACGCAUCUCCUGCUCGCAGAUCAGGUGGCGGCGACGUAUGGAUGGAACGACCAGGCGCUGCGGAGGUUCAACGAGUCGAUAAAGGAUGCUCUCGACCCCAAUGGAAUCCUCGCGCCGGGUCGCAAUGGAAUUUGGCCCAAAAACUACAGGGGGAAAGGCUGGGAGAUCGAAGGACCGGAACGCAUUCUAGUCAAUGGUAUCAUUUUCCCCAAGACUGAAUGUCAUAACGCGAUUGUCUCCUUGUCAUGGGCCAGGUCCAGUAACAGUAAUGAGUGA